UGCUGCUUCCUGUUUGUUAGGAAGCUUGUGAUCCACUUACAAGCCUGUUCCGGUACCUGUAGCUGGUUUAGCUUAGUUAGAAGAAUGUCUGGAAUGAUGGUAUUGAAUGCUGAACUAAAGUCUACAAAAAGGACCCUUGCAUAGGUCUUUGGAGACUCAAGAUGUUGUAGGAUGUAGUGCAGAGCCAUAUUAACAGCAUCAUCUGUUGAUCUAUUUGCUCGGUAUGCAAAUUGCAAGGGGUCUAACAGCGGAUCCGUGAUGGAUUUCAGGUAGGAAAGCACUAGCCUUUCAAAGGUUUUCAUGACUACAGAUGUUAAGGUUAAGGUUUGUGGACUUCAACUCCCAGAGUUCCUCAGCCACUGGCUGAAGAACUCUGGGAGUUGAAGUCCACAAGCCUUAAAGACCCCCUGUUCCAAAGUAUCUUUGAAAGGGUAUCUUUGAACGAAGUACGGACUUCAACUCCCAGAUUUCCCCGGGAGACCCAAGGCUCUCCUACGCCCCACCUCCGAAUACUAACGUCACUGAACAGGACCCCGCUGAUUGGAUCGAACGUCCCCCCCACUCAUCCAAUGGGAUAAGCCGCGAGGGGCGGGGCCGGCGGCGACGAGGGAGGCGGGAACCACGCUCUCCCCCUUCCCCCGCGCGCACACAAACAAGCCGCGGCGCAGGCGCAGUGCGGGCCUGGUCGCGCGAGCCGCCAGCCCUUCCCCUCCACCCUCCUCCCCGUCUGCCUUCUUUUUUUGCCCCCCUCAGAGGCCGGCGAUGCUGGGCGGCGAGGAGAGCGGCCAGGCCGCGGCCGGAGGGGGCGCCCCGGUCUCCGCGGCCUCUCCCGCAGCUGAAGCCGAGGCGCCGGCCUUGGCCGCCCCCGCUGCCCGCGACGCUGAGGGAAAAAAGGACGAGGAGGAAGAAGAAGAGGCGGCGGAGGACGAAGAAGAGGAGGAAGAAGCGGCGGCGGCGGCCGAGGCGGAGCGAGCCACCCGGCAGCGCUACGAGGAGCUGUGCAGCAGCCUCAACAUGGACGAGCGCGCCCGAGCCGAGGCCUGGCUCAGCUACCAGAGUAUGAGGAGGAACUACACCCUGGAGGGGAAUGAUCUGCACUGGUUGGCAUGUUCGUUAUAUGUGGCUUGCAGGAAAGCCGUCCCAACAGUUAGCAGAGGGACUGUUGAAGGAAAUUAUGUGUCUUUAAUCAGAAUACUGCGCUGUUCAGGACAAAGUUUGAUAGAGUUUUUUAACAAGAUGAAGAAAUGGGAAGAUAUGGCAGACCUACCCUCCCAGUUCAGAGAACGUACCACAAGAUUAGAAAGAAACUUUACAGUUUCUGCUGUAAUUUUUAAGAAGUAUGAACCCAUUUUUCAGGAUAUUUUCAAGUACCCACAAGAUGACCAACCAAGACCACCCAGAGGCAGAAAACAAAGGAGGCAACCUUGCACUGUCUCUGAAGUUUUCCAGUUUUCCUGGGUCCUCUUUGUUUAUGCAAAAGGCAAUUUCCCUAUGAUCAGUGAUGAUUUGGUAAAUUCAUACCAUCUGUUACUGUGCGUCCUUGAUUUAGUUUAUGGGAAUUCUUUGCAGUGCCCAAAUCGUAAGGAGAUUCUGAAUCCAAGUUUUAAGGGGCUGCCUGAAGAUUUUCACAGUAAGGAUUUUAAGCUCUUGUCUGAAGCCCCUUGCAUCAUUGACAAACUCUGCUCCUUGCACGAUGGCUUGGUUUUGGAAGCCAAGGGAAUAAAAGAACAUUUCUGGAAGCCCUAUGUGAAAAAACUCUUUGAGAAAAAGAUCCUAAAAGGAAAAGAGGAGAACCUGACAGGUUUUUUGGAUCCUGGAAACUUUGCAGAAAGCUUUAAGGCCAUCAACAAGGCCUACGAGGAAUACAUACUAUCAGUUGGAAAUCUAGAUGAGAGGAUCUUUCUUGGAGAAGAUGCCGAUGAGGAAAUCGGAACCCUGCGAAGAUGUUUAAACACAGCUUCGGAGAUGGAAACAGCCGAAAGAGUACAAAUGAAAUAUAAUCUUCAGGAACACUUUGAACGGACAAAAUCUUUCAGAAUAUCUACACCUCUUACUGGCCGGAAAUACAUCAAGGAUAGUGAUCCUUACUUAAGCCCCAUUUCCAUCGCGACCCACUGUUUGACACGGCUUCACACAAUGUUGGCAGGGCUGAAGAAUGCCCCUAGUGAGAAUCUGGAGCAAAUUCUGAGGGGGUGUUCCAGGGAUCCUUCUCAGUCCAUUGCCAAUAGAGUGAAAGAAAUGUAUGAAAUUUAUUCUCAAAAGGCACCAUCUUCUGGAGAAUCUGGGAACUUCCCCAAAGAUCUUGUUGGUAAACACUUCCGUCUUGCUGAGGUCCUUUAUUAUAAGGUUUUGGAAUCCGUCCUAAAGCAAGAAAAAAAAAGACUUGAAGAUGCUGACUUAUCUGCCAUCCUGGAGCACGAUGUCUUUCAUAAGUCCCUCAUGGCCUGUUGCCUUGAAAUAAUUAUUUACUCCUACAAGACAGCAGAUAGUUUCCCAUUCAUCACAGAUGUUUUUGAUGUUCCUGCCUUCCACUUUUAUAAGGUAAUCGAGAUCCUGAUCAGAGCGGAAGAUGGCCUUUGCAGAGAAGUGGUGAAGCAUCUCAACCACAUUGAAGAACAGAUUUUAGAAAGCCUGGCAUGGAAACCGGAAUCUCCACUCUGGGAUAAAAUAAAAGAAAAUGAAAAUAAGGUUCCUACCUGUGAAGAGGUGAUGCCACCUCAGUAUUUUGAAAGAUCAAAUGGCAACAGCGUGGCUGGUUCCCCUUUAACUCCAAGGAGAUUAAAUGAAGUUCGUGCUGAAACUGGAACACAGGGAAAGGGCAUUUCGUUUUCUCCAGCCACCCUCUACGAACGGUACAGCUCUCCAACCACCAACCCUACCAGAAGGAGGCUGUUUGUCGAUAACGACUCCUCCGGGGAGGCCCCUCGGACACCUGUGAGGGUCUCUCAGCCACCUGUGAUCAGCACUGUGCCUGUGCAGAACGUCUCCUCCGAUACCAUCCCUGUCACUCCGGUGCCUGGACAGACUUUGGUAACCGUGGCAACCGCCACGGUGACUGCAAAUAACGGACAGACAGUUACCAUACCUGUGCAAGGCAUUGCCAAUGAAAAUGGGGGCAUAACAUUCAUUCCGGUCCACGUCAACGUUGGUGGGCAGACUCAGUCACUGUCUAGUUCCAUCCCACCUCUCAGUGCGCAGAGCCUCGCUGGCACGCUGAGUUCUCAGCAGAUGACUGGCCCAACCCUUCAGUUGCAAGGCCAGCUCCAACAGGUGGCCCAUCCUGGAGAACGACGACAAAAGCAACAGAUCAGUAGUGGUGGCAACAGAUCCCGAAAAGCUGGCUCACUCACUCUCUUCUUUAGAAAGGUAUUUUAUUUAGCAAGCGUUCGUCUGCGGGAUAUCUGUAUCAGGCUGGAUAUUUCCGACGAGCUGAGAAAGAAGAUCUGGACCUGUUUUGAAUUUUCACUGGUACAAUGUUCGGAGCUCAUGAUGGACCGACAUCUCGAUCAGCUGUUAAUGUGUGCUGUUUAUGUAAUUGCAAAGGUUACCAAAGAAGACACUUCAUUUCAGAACAUCAUGCGCUGCUAUCGAAUGCAGCCCCAGGCCAAAAGCCACGUGUACCGCAGUGUAUUGAUUAAAGGCAGAAGACGAAGGAAUUCUGGCACCAGCGACGCAAACAAUCCGCAGAAUUCCCCAGUGGAGAAAAAUAAGGACCAAACAAGCCGAGAUUCCAGCCCAGUCAUGAGGUCGAGUAGCACCCUGCCUGUUCCGCAGCCUAGUAGCGCACCUCCAACACCAACGCGACUGACCGGAGCCAGCAGCGACACUGAGGAAGAAGAACGUGGAGACCUGAUUCAGUUUUAUAAUAAUGUCUACACAGACCGAAUUAAAGACUUCGCCCUGAAGUAUUCCUCGGCCAACGGAACUGAUGUUCCUCCCUUGUCUCCAUAUCCGUUUGUGAGAAGCGGCUCUCCACGCAGAGUCCAACUGUCCCAAAACCACCCGAUUUAUAUUUCUCCCCACAAAAAUGAGUGUCCAGUCUCUCGGCGUGAGAAAAUAUUCUACUAUUUCAGUAGCAGCCCAUCAAAGAGACUUGAAGAGAUUAACAGCAUGAUUAGAACGGGCGAGACCUCCACGAAAAAGAGGGGCAUCGUCUUAGAGGAGGGGGCCGAAUCACCAGCCAAGCGCAUGUGUCCGGAAAACCACACGGCCCUGUUGAGAAGGUUGCAAGAUGUGGCCAACGACCGAGGCUCUCACUGAUGUCAAAGACUAGCCGAGGAUUGAUUGAUUUCUUUUUUAUUGCUAUCUGGGGCUUUUCUUAACAUUUGACCAGUAAUAAUAGAAGCCACGACUUCCACAUCUCCAAGACAUUUUUGGGGCAGGAAGGAAGUCCUUUUUUAAACCCCUGUGAGCCUGAUGCUCCUGACAUCCAGGGAGGAGUUUUCUGCUUACGUUACCACGGAUGUCUUCUGCUCAAAGACAAUCGGAAAGUUUGAAGAAGCAGCAUUAUUUCCUCCCUCACCCUGCAAGUCACACCAGCUUUGUUUGGAUGUAUCCCGUCAAGCGACAAUCGAUCCAGUUUACAUCCUUUUUUUUUAAUUUAUUUGGUAGAAGGGAUCGGUUUUAAUCUUAGAACUGGAGAGACAAAGUAUUUUUACAUUAGCCCGUUAACUUUUUUUUUUACUUUUUUUUUUUAGCUAGUUGGGUCUCAUCCAGUGUCGUGUUUAGAAUCUGCAGUAUUUUAAUCGCAUUUGGAAAUGUGGCAGUCAGCAGUGAUGGAAUCAGCGCUGUGACUAAUUAUCUGACCCAGUUCAGAACUGCUGUGAACCUUCUUUUUAAAUUAGGAGUGAAGAUUCUUAGAACAUUUGUCAGGCAGUAGUUAAAAAGCACACUGGAGACAGACCAGAAAUUGAAAUGGAGGGGAGAAGGGGAAGAUUUAAACCUUCUCUUCUCUUCUCUUCUCUUCUCUUCUCUUCUCUUCUCUUCUCUUCUCACCUUUCUCCUCUCCUCUCCUUCUAUGCCCUUCAGGUGAUAUGGGAAUAUUAUGUAUAUAUACACCACAAUUUCCUUGUAUUUUAGCUGUGCAAUGUUUCCAGUCAGCUCCUAUCAGCAGGUAGCACUUCACUAGUUCUCAAAUGCAAAUUAGAGUUUUGCAACCUUGGCAAUGGCACUUUUGAAAAAUAGAUAUAAAAUAUAUAUAUAUAUAUUUUAAAUAGCAAACCCCAAGAUGAAAAGCUGUGUAAAACUGCUUGAAUUGUAUUUAUUCUGGAAGCGCACAGAAGUCCUACUGAACUCUCGGGUAUGACUAUUUUAAGAUAGGACUGUUAGCCUUCCCUGUUUCUUAGUUUUAUCGCAGCAGUUGGUUGUGUGGGUUCUUUAUCAAAAUGAGGAAAACACUGGCCAUCCUGGAUUAUCGUUGCAGCUGUUUGGCCGGUUGCCAUGUUUUAAACGGAGGUCAGGAAGAAUGAUGUAGAAGAAAUAACCUGAAGAGGUCACCAUCUAGCCUACUUGUGAUCACAAUGGCUCACUAGCAUGCAGUAAGACCAUUUCCUAGCCUUUUUUUUUUUUUAGGGAUGCCAUGGAUUAAACCUAACACUCACUGUAUGCAUAAGAAUGUGUGCUCCUCCACUGGACUACGGCUUUCAUGUGGUUUCUAAUACAUGCUGAAAAUUUCCAUUCCCCCCCCUCCCCAUAAAGGAUCAAAUUGAGUCUAUAGAGAAGUUAACAAAGGUGUUCAGGCAAUUGAAUGAUCACUUUGAAGACUAAAUACGAUCACGUUCAAUAUUGCCAAAAUUUUGCCCUGGAUUGCAUUUGCAACAAGAUCUGUGCUGUUCUUAAAAUUGCUCCAAGAGUAUCUAAAUAUAGGCAUCGGAAGAGGGAUUUUUAGCUUCAUGAAAUGAUCGACUGGGCAUAAAUUGAAUAAAUCGGUCAUGAAAUAGGGCAAGUUUUGGUGCAUGUAAGUUUCGCCCGUUCGGGUGAUUCGUAAGUUUUAGAAAAGAAAAGGAAAAAACCAAAAAGGUCUAAUUUAAAAAAAAAACCCACUACUAAUUUAGCUUUCCAUCAGGCACUGUCAGCAGCUGUGCUUCUUGCCUUCAUAACUUCUCAAAAGGGGGGGGAAAUAAUUAUGUGUCCCCUAGAUUAAGCCAUAGUUAAACCCUGUAAAAUCCUUCCCUCACUUAAUAGACUUUGGAUUCAAAAUUUCCAUCCAGUUAUCUUCUGGAGGCAAGAAGCUUUGCAUCCAAAGUAGUGAAGAUGCGCUUAAAUUAACUAUUGAUACCAUUAUACAAAUGAUGUAUUUCCUGAUUUAACAGAUUUGGGGGCAUGAUAGAAGCCCUUUUCCGUUAAAUGGCCUGUUAUCUUGAGGUUUUUCUAUAGUCGGCAAAUCAGAAUUCCAAAGAACUCAUACUUAAAUUUUGCAAAUAUUUUAUCCAAAGAAAACAACCACAACGUGAACUUUCUGCCAUGAUUGGUCUU